AUGGGCGAAGAAGAAGACUUUAAAGAGUUCGAAGAAGAAACCGAUAAUUACAAGGUGGGGGCCAAGAAAACGGUUGAGGAAUAUCAAAAGCUAGAUGCUGAUGAUGAGGCAUUGAGAAAAUGGAAGGAAUCUUUGGGUUUAGGUGGUGAUGUCCUACCAUUGGAAUAUCCCGGUGAUACUCGUCGUGUUGUGAUCAAGCAGAUCCAAUUGAUUGUUGACACUGAGCCACAACCUAUUACAUUCGACUUGACGAAUGAGAAGACUUUGAAAGAGCUUGCUUCUAAGAGGUACAAGAUCAAAGAGAAGUCCGUGUAUCACUUGAAAAUAACCUUUAAGGUGCAACAUGAAAUUAUUACUGGGCUAAGAUACGUUCAGUACACGAAGAAGGCUGGUAUUGCUGUGGACAAGAUCGACGAUCAUCUAGGUUCCUAUGCACCAAACACUGUCAAUAAGCCAGUUUACGAGGUUGAAUUGCCAGAAUCAGAAGCCCCAAGUGGCUUCUUAGUUCGUGGUAACUACUCUGCCGUGUCUAAAUUCAUCGAUGAUGAUAAAAACGAUCACUUGACUUUGAACUGGGGUGUUGAGAUCGUGAAAAGGUGA